UUCUCAGCUUUUCGUGAGGAAUACCCAAGGACUGGUUCGCGUGGGCAACCCGAUCACCUUGGAAUAUUAGAAGUGUGGUGCCCGACGAGAUUCGUGACGAAGUGUGGUCGAAGUGGAAUCUCCCUGGUCCGAGUGGGGUACGAACGUAUUGUGGGUUAUGAAUGUCGAGUUGUUUAUGGUGAAAGAUCGAGUCGUGCCAUGUAAUUGAUUCGAGGAAAGGAGGCUCGAAGGAUUUGUCGUCGAUCGUCUGGGGAAGCUGAGGAGGCGCAAGUUCGUAGUCGUUGAAACGUGUUACAGAAAUGGAGGCAGCAAGUACUCCGCCGUCAGGACCGACGGCCUCCUUGGAGCUGAAAACAAGAAGGGCUCAGUUUCAAACGCAAGCUUCCACGUUGGACACGAGACGAAGGCAAGCGGUAUGCGUGCGAAGAGCGUUCAAGAAGUAUGGCCCCAAAAGCAACCCCAAUAUUAUCCUAGAUGGACUGAAUAUGACUGUGCCGAAAGGUGCAAUAUACGGUCUGCUUGGCGCAAGUGGUUGCGGAAAGACCACGUUGCUCUCCUGCAUCGUCGGUCGAAGGCGUUUGAAUUCCGGCGAGAUCUGGGUGCUCGGUGGUCGACCAGGAUCCAAAGGAUCCGGUGUUCCUGGGCCCCGUGUUGGUUACAUGCCGCAAGAAAUCGCUCUCUACGGAGAAUUUUCCAUUCGUGAGACUUUCAUUUAUUUCGGUUGGUGCGCUGGAAUGACCACCGAGCAAGUGGACGAAAAACUGGAGUUUCUCAUGAAGUUGUUGCAGUUGCCCCCGGAGAAUCGUUUCGUGAAGAACCUGUCCGGCGGCCAGCAGAGGAGGGUGUCCUUCGCGGCGGCUCUCCUCGCCGAUCCGGAAUUGUUGAUCCUGGACGAGCCGACCGUGGGCGUCGAUCCUGUUCUCCGUCAGAGCAUCUGGGACCAUUUGGUGCACAUAACCAAGGACGGCAAUAAAACGAUCAUAAUUACCACUCACUACAUCGAGGAGACAAGACAGGCCAGUAUCAUUGGGCUGAUGAGGGGCGGCAAAUUCCUCGCUGAAGAGUCGCCCACGAAGUUGAUGGAGAUGCACAAUAUGGAAACCCUCGAGGAUGUCUUCCUGAAGCUGAGCAAAAGACAGAAUAUGGGACUGCGAAGAAGGAGCAGUAUAUUGAGCAGCGUUACCGGCGUUCCACCGGAAGUUGAUGUGGAUGACGAAAUGAGUGGAGAGUUCGGUGACAACGUCAGUCUCUCCAGCCGAAGGAAAAGCAUCGCCCUCGGGGACGAUGGAAAUAUUCCAGAAUUGCCGCCAGAAGAAACUGGUCCCUCCAAGUUCCAGAUGCUUGACCCUCAGCACAUGAAGGCUCUUAUAUGGAAGAAUUUCCUGUGGAUGUGGCGUAACGUAGGAAUAAUGCUGUUCAUCAUAGGUCUCCCGGUUGUCCAAAUUAUCCUGUUCUGUGUCUCGAUCGGGAAAGAUCCAACCGGUUUAACCAUAGCGAUAGUCAAUAACGAACUGAACAACACCAUGGACCCGUGUGUGCCGUCGGUUGGCUGUGACUGGUCGAGAUUAAGCUGUCGAUUCCUUGAACACCUUGAAAGGAAGUCGCUAGUGUUCGAAUCGUACAACAACGACGCCGACGCUAGAAACGCCGUUGAACGAGGCUGGGCCUGGGCUGCCAUAUCUUUUCCGUCGAAUUACAGCGAUUCACUGUCGGCGAGAUUGGAGGAGGGUAAAGACGCCGAUGACUGGAGCAUCGUGUACUCCAAUAUGCAAGUCGUCAUGGACAUGUCCAAUCAGCAGAUCGGCCAACUUCUUCAAAGGGAUCUUUACAGCUCCUAUCAGGAUUUCGCGCGAGAGGUGACCGUAGCCUGCAAUUACAGCAACAAAUUAACAAACAUCCCGUUAGACUUUAAAACGCCUGUCUAUGGACCUCUGGAACCGAAUUUCACGGACUUCGCGGCUCCUGGAGUGAUCUUGACAAUCAUCUUCUUCUUGUCGGUCGCUCUAACUUCGGGCGCCAUGUUGCUCGAAAGGAACGAAGGUCUUUUGGAGAGGAGUUUAGUCUCUGGUCUCACUGGAACAGAAAUCCUGUUCGCACAGGUCAUAACGCAAUUCGUGGUAAUGAUAGGGCAAACAGUGAUGGUUUUGAUAUUUUCCUUUGCAGUUUUCAGGAUCACUUGUGUAGGCGACAUAGGUUGGAUCAGCGCACUAACGAUUCUUACAGGACUCUGUGGAAUGUGUUUCGGAUUCGUCAUUGCUUGCGUCUGCGAGAACGAAAGAAGUGCCACCUACGUGGCGAUGGGAUCUUUCCUGCCCAUUAUGAUGUUAUGCGGGAUUAUUUGGCCCAUCGAGGGGAUGCACUACAUAUUGAGGUACAUCAGUUUUAUUCUGCCUCUGACGAAGAGCACGGAAUCGAUGAGGGCGAUGCUGGCCAGGGGCUGGCCGAUUUCAAAUCCGACCGUUUACAACGGCUUCAUCGCCACUUUCGUUUGGAUAUCCGUCUUCAUGACACUCUCGAUAUUGUUGAUUAAAUUUAAGAAAGGUUAAAAACGGCUUUGGUACAUUAGUUACACGUCGUGUACAUAAAAAUAUAAAUAGAUAGAAACUUUAGGAAAAUUUUACAAAUACAAGGGACGUGUCCCGUAAAUCGUGGUACAAUCGAA